AUGGCGUUCAAAUCCUGCUUCGGCAACCUGAGGCCAUGGACUACCGAGAUCCUGGCAAUGGCCUCGUCCAUCAUCCUAUUAAUCGCCAUGGCGGCCCUACUUGCCGCAUUUAAUCACAAGCCGAUUUUCGACGACAAGAUAUGGACUCUCAACGCCCUCAUUUCUACGCUGUCGACUGCAAGUAAAGCCUGCUUGCUGGCCGCUGUCGCGAGCUGCAUCAGCCAAGAAAAUUGGGUUCUAUUUUCCGAAAAGCCACGGCGUCUAUACGACUUUGAACUGAUUUCUGGGGCGAGCCGUGGGCCUUUUGGAAGUUUCAAGGUCUUGACGAGCUUCAAACUUCGCGGGGGCGGUCUUGUGAGACUUGGUGCGCUGGCAACGAUCUUAAGUCUUGCUAUGGACCCGUUUUCGCAGCAACUAGUUCAGCUCCACAACAGCCAAGACCGUAGAGUUGAUGAAGCCAGCAUUGCCUAUGCUUCCCGAUACUCGCAAGGCACGCUGGUGAGUGGCCUGACUGCCUUUAGUCUCACCAAGGACGGUCAUCUCAAAAUCCAAGGUGCAGACGUUUACGCCAAUGCAGACUUUGGGAUGCAAGCCGCCGUCGCCUUUGGGCUUGCGGCAGACGCAGACGCAGUCAUGGAGCAGGCUUCAUUUCACUGUCCUGGUGUCGAAUGUGACUUCAAGCCUCUGGAGUCCUUGUCUGUGUGCAGUCAGUGCUCUGAUGUAACUGACAAGUUAAAGAAAAACACGCUGAGCACAGGAGAUCAAUACUCUAACCUGCAAUAUGACCCGAGCGUUGCAGAAGCCCAGGCCAACUGCACCGAGUAUAGGCUACCCAACGGCCUGUAUCUGAACAACAUGGACCACAAAUAUGGACCCAGCUCUAGCAUGGUGUACAUGAGCAUGCUUGGCACGUCUGACACUGACAAGACAGUGGCAAUGAAGCAUCUUGACACCCUCAUUUGGUCUCAAACAGUCAUCAAGGUGAACGCGGAUCCGAGUUCCAAGUCCACCACGACCUGGCCAGAUUUUAAAGUCAACGCCUCAGAGUGCGCACUCUACUACUGCACCCGGCGCUAUGAGGGGGACUACAAAAUCGGAUUCAUCAACAUUACCUCGACAGAACUGAAAGAUCAAAAACGUAACCCCCAAUCGUGGGAGCCAUUGGAUCCAAGGUUUCAAUCAGGCCAUGGGGUUGCAGAAAAAGUCGUCAAGAGCCUAGCAUACGAUCCACAGGAAUCGAUUAUUCGUCGGACGGACCUGCAACUGGGGACAGCAACCGGAUGGAACGUCUCGGACGAAGCCGUUUACGGAAUCAGCUACUACAUGCAGACUCUCUUCGCCGAUUGCCUAAACAAUCCCAAGAACUGCACACAGGCCGUUGAGAGCUGGGGCGUCCCCAAUGGAUUCUACAUAUCUAAACUCUCAAACUUUAGCGGCGAGGAGAAACAAGCCGAGCAAUUCCGCCCUAGUGUUGCAAAGGUGCUUUGGGAGACGGACGAUAUAGAACAGGUUUUCGACAAUAUCGCGGCGAGUAUGAGCAAUGCCAUCCGGCGCGGAGCUGAUGGUGGGCAAACAGAAAAAGGCGAUGUCCUACAACCAACAACCGUAUACGUGGUGGCAUGGCCGUGGAUAAUCCUGCAUGCCGCCAUCGAGCUAGGAGGCCUCGUCCUCCUUGUACUCAUCAUUAGGUCAUCAGGCUCGAAUACCGCGCAUAUCUGGAAAUCGAGUGAGCUCGCCGUCUUAUCCAAGGGAGUCGCACUAGGCGACGCAUUCAAAGAGGCUCAUACAAAGGAUGAACUGGAAGAACGGGCUAAGAAUAUUCCUACCGUGUUGGUUAGCAAGCACGAAUUGGGCAAAGUUGAGGGUUCUAGCGAUUUUCUCUUGACUGAUCAAAGAAACGUGGCGUGA